UUGCCAUGGCAGCAUCCUCGCUAACUGACACCUUGCUCGACUCUUCCCUCUCCAUUGCUUCCGACUCUGGCGCGCUUCCGUCCAUCGCCAACCGCAGCCAGCCGCGCACUCCAACCCUCCUACCGUCGGCAUUGACUGGACCUGGCACGAGCGCGGUGUGUGCUCUCCACGGCCCGGACACCACCAUCCAAGUCCAAGGAAGCAGGUGGAAACCGAUUGUGUGUGUUGUCCUUGUGGAGCUCUUUAAAACAGGAAAUAUACUGCUAGGCAAGGUAGUAGUUGAUGGUGGCAUGUUUGUAUUCUCAUUGUUGUGCUAUAGAAGCAUUCUAGGUGCCGUUUUCAUCUUGCCAUUUUCCCUACUCCUCGAAAGUGGGAAGUGGAAAGAAUUGGAUAAGAAUGCUCUUGGCUGGCUCUUCGUCAAUGCUUUUGUCGGAUACUCGUUGCCUAUGGCCUUGUACUACAAUGGGCUACAUGACACAACCGCCUCCUUUGGCGUGAUCUUCUCAAGUUUGACUCCGCUCUUCACUUUUGUCCUGUCAAUAUUGCUUGGCAUGGAGAACUUGCACCUCAAAUCCAAGGAGGGCGGUGCGAAGGUGGUUGGUGCAUUGGUAUGCUUUGGUGGGGCUUUGUUGAUUAGCUUGUACAAUGGAAAGGAACUACAUCUCUGGUCCCCGGUUAUACAAUGUAUCACUAAGAGUUCUAAUGGAGUUGUCGGAGGACACCACCAUUUGAGGGGUACCUUGCUUUUGUUGGGUGAAUGCAUACGCUAUGCAUUUUCAUACCCUGUACUGGUAAAAGUUUUAAAGGUUUACCCAUGGAAACAUUGGUCAUCAAUGUUGACAUGUGUUCUAGGUGGUUUCCAAACAUGUGCCAUAGGAAUACUUAUGAGAAGGGACAAACUGGCUUGGCAAGUGGGAUGGAACAUUCAACUAUUAACAAUUGUCUACUCGGCUGCACUUGGCACAUCAGCCAAGUAUUGGUUAAAUCUCUAUGCCGUGGAAAAGCGAGGCCCCGUUUUCCAACCAAUGUUCAACACCUUAUCGGUUGUCUUCACCAUGGUUCUUGGAGCAUUAUUACUAGGAGAAAGCCUCACGGUUGGGAGCUUGCUGGGUAGUGCAGUGGUUUUCAGUGGUCUGUAUAUGUAUCUCUAUGGAAAGGCCAAAGAACUACACGUGACGAUGACAUCAGGUUCAAGUAAUGAAAAGCUUCAGGUGCAACCUACCCAGAACUCAAAGUGUGAGGAUCCAUCAUCUCGCCCUUAAUUUUGGGGAAACUACUCUCGUGAGCUUUGAGAAUUAGCAGUUAGACACCAACUCAGGUUAAUAUGUGAGGUAGUAAACUAAAAUGGUUUUACCAAUCCUAAAAUGUGUCAUGGUUUAUUGAUGUUUUCUAGCGAGGAAAAAGACUACUUCACAGAGUAUAUCUAUCUUAUCAGAUUAUGUAAUUAUAAUGCUCGCUAGGACAAUAUCUUCAACUUGAGAAAAUGCACGAAAUUGCACAAAGUGGUGAUUUGGGUGAUGGUGUCUCCAUCACGAAACAUGUGCUCAAUAUAUUAGUAGGACAUGUCGAUGGGCAAGGCGUAAGUUUUUUUUUGUUGAACUAAUAUUUUUGUUGUAACGAUGCAAUAACAUUAUUUGGUGAA